AUGAAUCCAAAGUACACCGAAACACGGCAGAACGACCUGCUGUGCCUGCAAUGGCCGUCACCACCGCGCAACGUCCUCCUGACCAAGAAGAACAAUACCCCUGAGAUCACCGAGUCCCUGAUCGAAUACGCCCAGCACAUACACUCUACAUACCCGUCUAUGAACCUCAUCCUCGAGCCGCACGCCGCCGAAGAAGUUCACUCGAAGCUCGGCUUCCCCGUGUACACCACCUCGACGCCCACCCUCCACGAUGCGCCCACUCCGACCAUACUAUCCGACAAGACCGACCUCGUCUCCACCUUAGGCGGUGACGGUACGGUGCUACACGCCUCCUCCCUUUUCGCGCACACGCCCCGUGUCCCGCCGAUUCUUUCCUUCGGGAUGGGCACGCUGGGCUUCCUUGGGGAAUGGAAGUUCAAGGAAUAUAAGCGCGCCUUCCGCGAAGUCUACAUGUCCGGCGCUCACGAUGCAUAUGCCAGCAUCGAUCAAAAAGACCAAUCCGAAGCCACGGACUCAGAAGACCCCAAGGCCUCCCCUACAUACGCCUCCAUCCGUGGCAAACCCAUGGGCGCUGCCCGUCCCGCCCGCAUCCUCCUCCGCAAUCGCCUCCGCAUCUCCGUAUUUUCUCCCUCGGGCAAACGCCUGAAUAGCUCUGACCCUGCUGCUGGCGAUACAUAUGCCCUAAAUGAAGUGAUCGUACACCGCGGCUCCUCCCCUCAUUUGAAAAUAAUCGAUGUCUUUGUUGGUGGGCGAUUCCUGACAGAAGCCGUCGCGGAUGGCAUGAUUAUAUCCUCCCCCACGGGAUCGACGGCCUACUCCCUCUCCAGCGGCGGCAGCAUCGUGCACCCGCUCGUUUCGUCACUCCUUUUGACGCCCAUCUGUCCGCGGAGUCUUUCGUUCCGUCCACUGGUGCUGCCAGCAAACACGCCCAUCACAUUGCGCUUGAGCGAGAAGAAUAGAGGGCGAGAAGUGGAGGUGAGUGUCGAUGGGGUGCGCAUUAGUAAAGGAGUAGGCGUUGGCAUGGAGGUGCGGGUGCUGGGUGAAGACAUCAGGGAUAGAAGAAGCGGAGAGUGGUGCGGUGGUGUACCAAGCAUCGUCCGUGGCGUAGUGGGAAUGGAAGAGAAGGAGGAAGAUCACUGGGUCGGCGGGCUUAACGCGUUGCUGAAGUUUAAUUACCCUUUUGGAGAAGAAGUUUGA